AUGGAAGCAACACAUCCUCUUUCAAUUGAAAGUUUUUCAUAUAGUUGCUUAGUGAACCUUAAACCAUCACUCGAUCAAAGCCUUGAUAGUUCUUCUUCUUUUAGAAUUUCUGUUGAUGCUUCUGAUGAAUUAGGUUCAUCUUUCAUUGAAAUGGAUCCAAGAAUGCCAUCUUCUAGAAGAUUCUUUAUAAACUCACAAGAUCUCAAAUUUGAUUUUCCAAUUUCCCAACAACCUUCUCUCACUACUCUUGUUGAUGCUGAUCAACUCUUUUCCAAUGGUUACUUAAUGCCACUUUUUCAUGAAUCAUUGAAAAAUAUUGAACUAUAUGAUAAUGAUUCAUCAAACUCAAAUUCAAAUUCAAAUUCAGAUUCAACCAUAGCUUCUUUUAUACCAACACAUGUACCCAAAAAAGUGGUUCCUAUAGAAAAUUCAAGAAGUCCUUCAUUGAAAAGGUGUAGAACACUAUCAAAGAGAUCUCUGAAUUUUUUGAUUCAAAAGUACUUGAAUUUUUUGAAGCCUUUAUGUAGAAAAUUGAGGGGUCAAACACCAGGAUCAUCAAAGCAUGAAAAUGGUGUUAAAAGAACUCAAUCAGUGAAGAAUAAUAGAGGAAAUUACUGUGAAUCAUCUCCAAGAAUUAGUGUUGCUUAUUCCGCAGACAAUUGGCGCAUGUCUUGUGAUUCUGAUAGUUCAAUCCAUGAAGCUGUUCUUCAUUGCAAAAGAUCUAUUGAAAGAAUGAGAUAA